CGGGAGCGGCGGGCGCAGCUUCGGCGCUGCAUCUGGGGCCUGAGGGCGGGCGCCGGCGCCAAGACGCUGGGAUGCUCCGGACUCCAGAGCCAUGGCCGGGGAACGUGGGGGCCGCGGGCUGGAGCCCCCCGGCUGUGCCGCCCACCCAGACCAAGCCACUCACCUCCUUCCUCAUCCAGGACAUCCUUCGGGACGGCGCUGACCGGCGCGGAGGUCACGCGGGCAGCCCACAGCCGCAGCCUUCGCGUCAGCAGUACCCGAGGCGAGACCCGAAGCCGGAGUCCGAGGGAGGAAGAGGCGGCAGGGCGCAGGAGGACCAGCAGAGCGACCAGCCCCGCGCCGGGAGCGAGGAGGCCGAGAAGCCGGUGGAGACCGAACCAGAUGGGCACUUAGAGACUUAUCUGCUGGACUGUGAAAACCCUCCCAGCCUACCCCCAGCCACCAAGCAGCCUCAGAAGCGCUCCCGGGCUGCCUUCUCUCACACUCAGGUCAUUGAGUUGGAAAGGAAGUUCAGCCAUCAGAAGUACCUGUCGGCCCCUGAAAGGGCUCACCUGGCCAAGAACCUCAAGCUCACGGAGACCCAAGUGAAAAUAUGGUUCCAGAACAGACGCUAUAAGACCAAGCGGAAGCAGCUCACCUCAGACCUGGGCAACCUGGAGAAGCACCCUUCCUUGCCAGCUCUUAAAGAGGAGGGCUUCCCACAGGGCUCCCUCAUCUCCCUGCACAAUACCUACCCUUACUACCCCUAUGUUUACUGCCUGGGUGGCUGGAGCCCAGCUUUCUGGUAACACCGGCUCUGACAUCCAUGCUAGAUCAAGAACUGUCUUCUCUAGGUGGCCCCUCUGGAAGGCGGAAGGGCCCCAGGGUCAGGAAGGACUGGGCAGUGAGAGACAGACAGACUAGAACACGUGGAGGUUUGUGUGGAAAUCCCAGAUUCUUCACUGGGGGCCAAUGAAAGAUCUGGGACAGGGAAUGAUUUCAUAUCCAAAUUGUUCCCCCAACAUAGAAGGGGGAAUCGUUUUUGCUUUUAGACCCCUGCUUGAAGUGGGGAGGGAUAGAGCCAAGUGUUCUUUUUAGCACUUGGGGUGACUUUUCAGGAUCUGUCCACAUCACUUCUGAGGAUUCUGUUCCUCCAACUCCAUCCUCUUGUGUAACUGAGCAUCCACUCAGUUACACAAGGGGAGGGGGUGGAUGGCUCAGGAUGUCACCUACUGAAAUAAACUGAAGGUCAAGAGCCUCUCACUGGCCUUGGACCACAGCCAAGGUUUCUCUUUGUCUCUGGAACAGACAGAAACAGAGGACCUCACAGAGAAACCUUUCGUGCCCAGCACAAGUUGGCACAGGAUAUGGAGAUGGGAAGGAGGAGAUGAAAAUAGAAGCUUCUGAUUAUUCCUUUUAAAAUAAUAUGCCAACUUAAGUAUUUACAGAGUGGCCCGUGCAGAACAAGACACACUCACUGUGGCCUUAAGGCAAGCUGUAAAAACGAAACUCUAUUGUAGGAGGUGAGCCCAGGCCAGGAGAAUCUCCGCAUAUCCAAGACAGUGGUCUAAGGAGGAGUCCUUAGCAAAAGGUAAAAAAAAAAAAAAAAAAAUCUUCAUCUGGACCUUUUGCUCUGGGCUUGAGAAUUCAGAAUAAGAAGGUUCCUGGAGUUUGGGGGCUAUAAUUUAUACUACAGUGGGACAGAUCACAUAAUUCUUUAAGUUCCUUCCUUCCCUCCUGGUUUUAUUUUUUGUUCCUUUUCCAUGGCAGUCACCCACUGAAGCACUUUUUUUCAGCCCAGACUUUUUAUGACUGCACCUAACAUACACCUUCCUUAUUUAGCCUCCGAGAUCUGGUCUCCCCCACCCGCACCCCCACCCCCCACCAAAGCUUUAUCUCUUCCUGGGUUUUAAAAAAAAAAAGUAGUGGCGGAGCAGAUUCUGAAUUGGCUGAAAGACAUGCAUUUUUUAAAAAAAACCCUAACAAUUCUUAUGUCUUUUCUUUAAAAAUAUACAGCAUUAAAUCCCAAAUCUAUUUAAAGACAUGACAGCUGCAGAAGGUCACUGCUGCUUUUAUAGGACUUUCUGGUGGCUCUGCUGUUACAAUUCAAAGCCAAAACCCUCUGGGAUCCCUGCAGGCAGAGGAGGUAAAAGGUAGUGAGCUUUCACACGUAAGGAAGAACACCGCAGAGUGAAGGGUCAGGUGCCAUGGAGCUGUCUGGUGGGAAUCCAGGGCUGAGGGGCGGGAUGUGGAGGAAGGGGGCGUCGGCCUUAGGAAGCCCCGCCCAUGAGCAAGCUGCCAGGCCUGAUGGCACUUUGCUGGAAGAGGCUAAGAAAAAAAGGAAACCGUUUUCAGAACACAUUAUAGUAGCUUUCAUCACCAAGCAAUGAAACUGUCCAGAUGUUUCAGGAACUGUGUUUAAUGCUUAUCAAAAAAGUGGAGGUUCCCCCCAAGUGAGUUACCUGGUGACCUCAGAGAGAAUAAGAGGGCACAGGAAAACUCUGGCCAUGCUUCUCUUUUUAUUCUGUUAUCUCAGGUGACCUGGGAGAGGGGCAACAUCAGCGUGAAAAAAAAAAAAGCCAGUUCCUAAUGAGGUACCCCAGGCCCUGGAAAUCUCUUGAUCCUGCUACUUAAUUCUGUUCAGUGAGAAACCUUUCAAUUUCCUCCUAUUAAAAAGGUCCAAUUUACUGUUUGUGGCAAAACUGCCAAAGUUGAUAGAAGGUUGGGUCAUUUCACCCCAUUUUAUAUCGUUGGAGCUCCACACUGAAAUACUGUCCAAUGCCACGUGUUGCCUGCACAGAAAUGGAAGCCCAGAGGCCGGGCUUUCUCCUGCUUACAUGUCCUAAGAUAAGCAUUCAGUGCUCGCUCUCUGGUCAGAACCCUUUCUCUGCCUCCCUCUGCAUUGAAUUCUUUCAGCCCCCAAACCUGCAAGUGUUAAACAUUGUACUGUGAUGUACACUGUGUUGCAAAAAGGGGAAAAAAAAAGUCUUUGUUUAGAAUGAUUUGGUUUGGUGAAUCCAUCUUGUUUUUCCCCCAUAGUCACUCAGCCAUAGCCAAACUGGUAGAACAACAUUUGAAGAGCUAAUAGAUCUGUUCCUGAUGGGUACACUGGAGGGUGUGCCCCGGACCCAGACCUGUGUCUAUCCUAUUUAAUAAAAGAGUUUAUGUUCUCCAUG